GCUGCUACGCAAACGCAACACGUCUAAGCUUAACAAGCAUGAUGGAUCUGGCGGCCUACAUCGCCAUUCUCUCCUUAGUCUUCCUCUUCCUCCUACGCCGCGUCCAUGGUCUCGCCAGACGCGACGGCAAGAGCAGGAGCAUGCGGCGGCCGCCGCCGAGCCCUCCAGGCGCCGUCCCCUUCCUCGGCCACCUCCACCUGAUCAAGAAGCCGUUCCACGCCACGCUGUCCGGCCUCGCGCAGCGCCACGGGCCGGUCUUCACGCUGCGCCUGGGCUCCCGCGACGCCGCGGUGGUGACGUCCCCGGCGUGCGCGCGGGAGUGCUUCACGGAGCACGACGUGACGUUCGCCAACCGCUCGCUGCUGCCCUCGCAGAGGCUCGUGACCUUCGACGGCGCCGCGCUCGGCACGGCCAGCUACGGGCCGCGCUGGCGCGACCUCCGCCGCGUCGCCGUGGUGCAGCUCCUCUCGGCGCACCGCGUCGGCUGCAUGUCGGGCGUCAUCUGCGGCGAGGUGCGCGCCAUGGUGCGGCGCCUGCACCGCGCGGCUGCCGCGGCCGCGGGCGCCGGCGCGCGGGUCGAGCUGAAGCGCAGGCUGUUCGAGCUCUCGCUCAGCGUCCUCAUGGAGGCCAUCGCGGAGACCAAGGCGGCGCGCCGGGACCCGGAGCCGGAGCCAGACGCGGACGGCACCACCGACAUGUCGCCGGAAGCGCAGGAGUUCAAGCGGGUCAUCGACGAGGUCUUCCCGUACGUCAGCUCGGUGCUGUGGGACUACCUGCCGGUGCUGCGGUGGUUCGACGUGGCCGGCGUGAGGAGCAGGAUCCUGGCCGCGGUGAGCAGGAGGGACGCGUUUCUGCGGCGGCUGAUCGACGCGGAGCGGCGGAGGAUGGCCGACGGCGUCUGCGGCGAGAAGAAGAGCUUGAUCGCCGUGCUGCUCGCCCUGCAGAAGCUGGAGCCGGAGGUUUACACCGACACCGUGAUCACGGCUUUCUGUUCGAACCUAUUUGGAGCUGGAACAGAGACGACCUCGACCACCGUCGAAUGGGCCAUGUCGCUGCUGCUGAACAAUCCAGGGACACUCGAGAAGGCACGAGAAGAGAUCGACGCCGCCGUGGGGCACUCCCGCUUGCUCAACGCGGGCGACCUGCCGCGUCUCGGCUACCUCAGGUGCAUCAUCGCCGAGACGCUGCGCCUGUACCCCGCCGCGCCGCUGCUGCUCCCGCACGAGUCGUCGGCAGACUGCAAGGUCGGCGGCUACGACGUCCCGCGCGGCACGGCGCUGCUGGUGAACGUGUACGCGAUCCACAGGGACCCGGCUGUGUGGGAGGAGCCGGGCAGGUUCGUGCCGGAGCGGUUCGAGGGCGGGAAAGCCGAGGGGCUGUUCGUGGCGCCGUUUGGGAUGGGGCGGCGCAAGUGCCCCGGAGAGAGGCUCGCGCUGCAGACGGUUGGGGUGGCGCUGGGGUCCCUCAUCCAGUGCUUCCACUGGAGCAGAGUCGAUGGCGUGGAGGUUGACAUGAGCGAGGGCAGCGGACUGACGAUGCCCAAGGCUGUUCCGCUGGAGGCUUUGUGUACGACUCGUGAGGCUAUGUAUGACGUUCUUCAGAAGCUCUGAUAGGACAUUCACGGAGUGCGCACUCGUGAGCAUGUUCAGGUCAACAAAUGUAAGACGUUUUAUAGACUGGUAGACAGAGAGAAUAAGAAGAGGGGGAAAAAGGGCUAAGGAAUGGUCUAAUUCAAACGUGACAUGACAAUCA